GGCAUGCCUGACCGCUCUGUGCUUUCUGUUCUCCUACCCAGAUCACGAUGAGGACCUAGGGCACCUGCCUGUUGACUGUCCCCCUGGCCUGCAGUGACCAUGGCCCCGCGCAAGAGGAGUCGCCAUGGCCUGGGCUUCCUGUGCUGCUUCGGGGGCGGCGACCUCCCCGAGAUCAACCUCCGGGAGAGCAGCCCCCUGCAGUACAUGGAGUUCUCCGGUCCGAUCCCCAACCCGGAGGAGCUCAACGUCCGCUUCGCAGAGCUGGUGGAUGAAUUGGAUCUCACCGACAAAAACCGGGAGGCUGUGUUCGCGCUGCCCCCUGAGAAGAAAUGGCAGAUCUACUGCAGCAAAAAGAAGGAGCAGGAGGACCCCAACAAGAUGGCAACCAGCUGGCCUGACUAUUACAUUGACCGCAUCAACUCCAUGGCUGCGAUGCAGAGUCUGUACGCGUUUGAUGAGGAGGAGACGGAGCUGAGGAACCAAGUUGUGGAGGCCCUGAAGACGGCCCUGCGGACGCAGCCCAUGAGGUUCGUGACGCGCUUCAUCGAGCUGGACGGCCUGAGCUGCCUGCUGAACUUCCUCCGGAGCAUGGACCACGCCACCUGCGAGAGCCGCAUCCACACCUCGCUCAUCGGUUGCAUCAAGGCCCUGAUGAACAACUCGCAGGGCCGGGCGCACGUGCUGGCGCAGCCCGAGGCCAUCAGCACCAUCGCGCAGAGCCUGCGCACCGAGAACAGCAAGACCAAGGUGGCCGUGCUGGAGAUCCUGGGCGCCGUGUGCCUCGUGCCCGGCGGCCACAAGAAGGUGCUGCAGGCCAUGCUGCACUACCAGGUGUACGCGGCCGAGCGCACGCGCUUCCAGACCCUGCUGAACGAGCUGGACCGAAGUUUGGGCCGGUACCGGGACGAGGUGAAUCUGAAGACAGCCAUCAUGUCCUUUAUCAACGCGGUCCUCAAUGCUGGCGCUGGAGAGGAUAACCUGGAGUUCCGCCUACAUCUGCGGUACGAGUUCCUGAUGCUGGGGAUACAGCCUGUGAUCGACAAGCUCCGGCAGCAUGAGAAUGCCAUCCUGGACAAGCAUUUAGACUUUUUUGAGAUGGUCCGGAAUGAGGAUGACCUGGAGCUAGCCAGGAGGUUUGACAUGGUCCACAUUGACACCAAGAGUGCUUCCCAGAUGUUUGAGCUGAUCCACCGGAAGCUGAAGCACACGGAGGCCUACCCCUGCCUGCUGUCGGUGCUGCACCACUGCCUGCAGAUGCCCUACAAGCGGAACGGUGGCUACCUGCAGCAGUGGCAGCUCCUGGACCGCAUCCUGCAGCAGAUAGUCCUUCAGGACGAGAGGGGCGUGGACCCUGACCUGGCUCCCUUGGAGAACUUCAACGUCAAGAACAUCGUCAACAUGCUCAUCAAUGAGAACGAAGUGAAGCAGUGGCGAGACCAGGCCGAGAAGUUCCGGAAAGAGCACACGGAGCUGGUGAGCAAGCUGGAGAGGAAGGAGCGCGAGUGUGAGACAAAGACGUUGGAGAAGGAAGCGAUGAUGCGGACACUCAACAAGAUGAAGGACAAGCUGGCCCGAGAGUCCCAGGAGCUGCGCCAGGCUCGGGGACAAGUGGCUGAGCUGGUAGCCCAACUCAGCGAAAUCUCAACAGGAUCUGUAUCUUCCCCACCUCCGCCUGGGGGCCCACUUACCUUGUCUUCCUCGAUGACAACCAGUGACCUGCCUCCACCUGCACCCCCUUUACCAUUCGCCUGCUGCCCCCCACCGCCACCACCCCUUCCACCUGGCGGGCCUCCCAUUCCCCCUGGCGCCCCACCUUGCUUCAGCAUGGGCCUGCCCCUCCCUCCAGACCCCUUCCCCAGCAGUGAUGUCUCGCUCAGGAAGAAGUGUGUGCCCCAACCUUCCCACCCGCUGAAGUCCUUCAACUGGGUCAAGCUGAAUGAGGAACGUGUCCCUGGCACCGUAUGGAAUGAGAUUGAUGACAUGCAGAUAUUUCGGAUUCUGGACCUACAGGACUUUGAGAAAAUGUUUUCGGCCUAUCAGAGGCACCAGGAGCUGAUAACUAAUACCUCCCAACAGAAAGAGUUGGGCUCCACUGAGGACAUCUACCUGGCCUCCCGCAAGGUCAAAGAGCUGUCAGUCAUUGACGGCCGGAGGGCACAGAACUGCAUCAUUCUUCUCUCCAAGUUGAAGCUUUCUAACGAGGAGAUCCGGCAGGCCAUCCUGAAGAUGGACGAGCAGGAGGACCUCGCCAAGGAUAUGCUGGAGCAGCUCCUCAAGUUCAUCCCGGAGAAGAGUGACAUUGACCUCCUCGAGGAGCACAAGCACGAGAUCGAGCGGAUGGCCCGAGCGGACCGCUUCCUCUAUGAGAUGAGCAGGAUUGACCACUACCAGCAGCGGCUGCAGGCCCUCUUCUUCAAGAAGAAAUUCCAGGAGCGGCUGGCCGAGGCCAAGCCCAAAGUGGAAGCCAUCCUCCUGGCCUCCCGGGAGCUGAUCCGCAGCCGGCGUCUGAAACAGAUGCUGGAGAUCGUCCUGGCCAUCGGUAACUUCAUGAACAAAGGGCAGCGUGGGGGCGCCUACGGGUUCCGGGUGGCCAGCCUCAACAAGAUUGCCGACACCAAGUCCAGCAUUGACAGGAACAUCUCCCUGCUCCAUUACCUAAUCAUGAUCCUGGAGAAGCACUUCCCCGACAUCCUGAACAUGCCCUCGGAGCUGCAGCAUCUUCCAGAAGCCGCCAAAGUCAACCUGGCGGAGCUGGAGAAAGAGGUGGGCAACCUCAGGAAGGGCCUCAGAGCAGUCGAGGUGGAGCUGGAAUAUCAGAAACGCCAGGCGCGGGAGCCAAGUGACAAGUUUGUCCCAGUCAUGAGUGACUUCAUCACGGUUUCCAGCUUUAGCUUCUCAGAGCUGGAGGACCAGCUUAACGAGGCCAGGGACAAGUUCUCCCAGGCCCUGGUGCACUUUGGGGAGCAGGACAGCAAGAUGCAGCCGGACGAAUUCUUUGGCAUCUUCGACACCUUCCUGCAGGCCUUCUCAGAGGCCAGGCAGGACCUGGAGGCCAUGAGGCGGCGGAAGGAGGAGGAGGAGCGGCGGGCGCGCAUGGAAGCCAUGCUGAAGGAGCAGCGGGAGCGGGAGCGGUGGCAGCGGCAGCGGAAGGUUCACGCGGGCGGCGCCCUGGAGGAGGGAGGCGAGUUUGACGACCUGGUGUCAGCCCUGCGCUCUGGGGAGGUUUUUGACAAGGACUUGUGCAAGCUCAAGCGCAGCCGCAAGCGGUCGGGGAGCCAGGCCCCGGAGGUCACCCGGGAGAGGGCGAUAAACAGGCUAAAUUAUUGACUGGGGGACUGGCCGCAGCAGGCCAGGAGCCAGGGACGGACUGGAGGGGCUGAGUGGAGGCGGCGGGAUGCUUAAAUCACACGGUGCUCAGUGCAGAGCCCGGGGCUGGGUCCCGGGGUGGGGCUGUGAGGCAGGGCCGGGCGUCUCCCACACCUACCUGAAGGGGCUCCCCUCCUCCCCUCUUCCCAUCGCUCUUCCUGCCUCCCCGCCCCCAGGGGCCACUCUCUGAGGCUCACUUGGACAUCCCUGGCAGGCCCGGCUGAAGGGCCCCUGCUCCCCACCUCCAGCAUGGCACCCACAUGCUGGCACAGAUCUAGACUUCUAGAUCCAGACUGGACAGGUCCUUGGGUUGGGUCCAGAUGUCAUGUGCAGCGGGGAGUGUCUGUGGGGUGGCGCCCUGAGAGACAGGGUGAGAGAGACCAGGCUCCCAUCCCUCAAGAGGUGGCUUAGUGGAACACUGACCUGGGAGCCCACUCGCCUCUUGAUGGGAAGGCAAGAAGCGUUCUGUGUUCUAGCCAGAUGUGUUCCGGGGGAAACGAAGCCGGAAGGGUGGCCCAGGGUCCAAGUCAUCAGGACAGAAUAGCAGUGUUUCUUGCACCACAACUCGUUUAAGCCUCUCUUGCAUGUCUUAAGUCUCCCCCUUCUUCCCCACUGCCACCUCCAUCCUAUCUACUAACCCCAAAUCCCAGAGAAAGUACCUUUGGGCUCCCUGGCUAUGGCUCGCUAUCAGGCACUUGAUGCAUCUGAUAAGGGAAGGGUUGCAACCAAGACCCCGCUCACCAGUAUACCUCGUGCCUUGGGCAGAGGGUCCCUGGAACAAAACUCUCCCCCCACCUCUGUUGGCCCAUGGUCUUGAGCUGAGACAAGUGACCUCCCAUGUUGGCCAGGAGUUCCUGACACCCCUCACCAGAGGGCAGCACUUGAAUGCCUAGCCCAGGCCUGAGCUUUCUAGUCCACCACUUCAUGUUACUCAGACCCAGUGACCUCCCCCAUGUCCAGUAUGCAGGAGGCCACCUCAAACCAUGUGUCUGGUCUGGCUGAGGCUGGCCCUGGGUUGUCCUUCCCUGAGAGGGUCCCAAGGGCCAGGGCUGCCCUCUGCAUUUAGAUGCCAUCUCUGAGGUGCCUUCUCCUCUGAGGCGUUCAGACCUGGGCUGGAGCAGGCAGGGAAGCUGGGAGAUGGGGGGGAGGGGGAAGGCAGACUUCCCCGGGGAGUGCACUGCCUGAAAGAGCCAAGGGGGAACGCUGUGGGGGGUCACACCCCUUCAUUGGUACCUGACUGCCAAGGCGCUCAUUCUGGUCCUGCUCACUCCCACCUUCCAGUCUGUCCAUCUUGAGCAGGUGGGUUGAUGGGUGUAUCUAAGCAAAAUGUCCUGUCCUCUAAGAAGGGAGUUGAGGUCAGUCCCACCAAAGCUCUCGUUUUCAGGGCACUUUCUCCCCCUAGACUUGACCUUGUCUUCCGCACCUGCCAGCCUGAACCCCAUCCGGGGGCUCCUCACCCUUCUGUCCCCCUGCCCCUCCCUCCGUGUUUCUGACCUUCCAACCUACUCCUCCGGCUCAGGGUUAUUGCCAGUGGACACACCGGUGGGCUGGGCCCACUCUUCAGCUGCCUGUCUUCUCCCUGCAUCAAAUUCCUGGGGGUGAGACCAGAGUAGCUUCCAGGAAGAACCAAGGUUGGUGAGCCCAGCAUGUGUGUUGGUUCGAGGGCGAGGGAUCUGAGCAAACGCAAAUCUGGCCAGGACAUGUGUGAGGGGGCCAUCCUGGAGCCCAGGUGAGGGCAAGCUGAAGGCUUCCAGGAAGAGGCGCUGCAGAGAGCUGUUUUACCCAUUCACCCCCACCGCAGGAUGCUGGUGUUGGGAUGAUGAGAGGGUUGUGGGUGGGGUCUCUGAACUCCUCCCCCCAACCAGCUGGGGUCAGCCUAACCCACAGGGGAAGGGAACAGGGGAGGGCUCCACUGCUAUGGGGCAGGCAUGUCCAAAUCCUGGCGCGCCCAUCCGCAUGGAGACUGGACGUGCACAUGGAAGACAAGGGAUACGGAAGCUGAUCUAGACACGUGGGAUCCGCAGAAAAGCAGUUUGGCUUCACUGUUUACAGAGGACACAUACUUUGUUCCAGGGCUCUGGCUUCUCACCCCCAAAGAUUUUUCCUUUUCUAUUUAUUAUUUUCAAGAUCUGGCCAGUGGCUUUGCAGACACCACUGGAGCCAGAUCUCUAACAGUGCCUUGGACCACGGACCAUCGUGGCUGACUUGGCAGGAAGGGGCUAGUGCCCGUGGAGAUGGCUGUGCUGGUUCUUGAUACACUACAUGUUUACGCCUGUUUGUUCCCUGGUCUUUUCCAGUGCCCUUCCUGCCACCUUCGGGUGAAUUUCUCCCGCUAAUUUUGUGUCCCAUGUCAAAUCCAAUAACCUAAUGCAACCUGUCCCCUUUCUUAGCAACAGCACCCAUGCCAUCCCGUGAUGGAAAUAAGGUGUGUCUAGGGCAGUGGGAGGAACACAUUCUCCAGGGGGCUAGGAAGGGGCUAGUCUAGGCUUUCCCCGACCCCGACCUAUUUCCACCAACUGGGAGCCGUGGCCAUCUCCCCGACCUCUACCAAGGACACUGUCCUGCCAAGGCUGCUCUCACCAGCUGUCUCAGAGGACAAACGAGGCUAAUGUACGAAAUCGGCAGUGUCCUUUCUACCCGCACCUUUUUUAUAAGAAUAUAUUGUAAUACUAAAAAAUAUUAAAUCCAUACCAUCCCCA